CAGAGUCAGCGCUGAUCUUAACGUCUCGAGCGCUUUCUCCUCCUCCUCCGCCAACCGCCGCCGCAGUUCAGUGUGUCAGUGUUCAUACAAGGAGCUAUGAUGAGCAGCAGAAGCCGUAGAUCCUGCACAAUGAGUCACUCCAGCUUCCUGAGACGUAGAGGACUGGAGGGACGCCUGGACAAAGGGACUCUACAGGAGCCUGGAUGGGCAAAAGAUGAGGAUGAGAAGCUGCUCAGGCUGCUGAAGGAGUUUGGAUCAAACAGCUGGUCGUCAGUUUCUCUUCAUUUUACAGGUCAGAGGUCAGCUGUGGAGUGUCAGAGGAGGUGGCAGCAGAUCAAGAACCCAGAGCUGGUCAAAGGUCCCUGGACUCAGGAGGAGGACGAGAGGGUGACACACCGCACACUCACAAACUCUACUGCUACAGUAUACAACAUUAUACUGUACUUCAUACUGUACUGUCUGCUGCUCUUCAUGAAGAACACCUGUGUUCCCUUCUACAACCAAAAUAAAUCAGAACUGUUUUUCCUCCAUUAAAUUAGCAAGAAAUGAAUCUAAGAGAAGUUAAUAGUUAGCUUUAGCUACGGCUGACCGCUUCCAAAUGGUGUGAGAGCAUGAACAGUACAGCGUUUCCUAACAGCACGGGACAUGAGUGAGCGUCAGCGACAAAAUCAGCUUGAUUCUACUGU